UGGUCUUUACCGGGCUCUGCUCCCAAAGCAGAAAUUGUAACAUGCCAUAUUUUACCAAUGGAUAUUUUUGGACAACGAAAUGUCACCGGUAAUCUAGGGCAUUUCCAGGUUGUGAAAAUGACGGAUUUGGAUUUAACCUCGGUGCACAUCCCCAAAUUGUCCGCGUUCGCGUCGUUGCUGUAUUCGAGGGAAGCUUUUUCGUAGGAUUGGAUGCAAAUGGUCCUGAAGUGGGCAGCUGUGUGUUCCUAUUAGCUCGCGGGAGACUGCGGUUGUCAUUGAUCUUUUGAAGCAGCGGACACAGAGGAGUGAACCGGAGAGAUGAUGUGCGAGGUGAUGCCCACCAUCAGCGAGGACACGGCGCUGAGCCAGCGCGGCUCUCAGAGCAGCUCCUCGGACCCGGACUCGCACUUCGAGCAGCUGAUGGUGAACAUGCUGGACGAGCGGGACCGGCUGCUGGACACGCUGCGGGAGACGCAGGAGAGCCUGGGCCUCACCCAGCAGCACCUGGAGGACGUCAUCUACGACCGAGACUCGCUGCAGAGGCAGCUCAGCUCCGCCCUGCCGCAGGAGUUUGCCGCCCUCACCAAGGAGCUGAAUGCCUGCAGGGAGCAGCUGCUGGAGAAGGAGGAGGAGAUCUCCGAGCUGAAGGCAGAGAGGAACAACACCAGGUUGCUGCUGGAGCAUUUGGAGUGCCUUGUGUCCCGACACGAGCGGUCGCUCCGCAUGACCGUGGUCAAGAGGCAGGCCCAGUCGCCUUCGGGCGUCUCCAGCGAGGUCGAGGUGCUCAAAGCGCUCAAGUCCCUGUUCGAGCACCACAAGGCUCUGGACGAGAAGGUGAGGGAAAGGCUGAGGGUGUCGUUGGAGAGGGUCACGGCCUUGGAGGAGGAGCUGACAGCGGCCAAUCAGGAGAUUGUAGCGCUGCGAGAGCAGAAUGCGCACAUCCAGAGGAAGGUGGCGUCAGGGGAGGGGGCCGAGGACCUGCUGGAGAGCACGGACGCCGGGCAGAAGGUUCAUGGCAAGCGCCUGUCGAACGGCUCCAUGGAGUCGGCCAAGGAGGCGAGCCAGGUGGUGGAGCUGCAGGAGCUGCUGGAGAAGCAGAACUACGAGCUGGCCCAGAUGAAGGAGCGCAUGUCCUCCCUGUCCUCCCGCGUGUCCGAGGUGGAGCAGGAGCUGGAGACCGCCCGCAAGGACCUCAUCAAGUCCGAGGAGAUGAACAACAAGUACCAGCGGGACAUCAAGGAGGCCAUGUGUCAGAAGGAGGACAUGGAGGAGCGCAUCGUCACCCUGGAGAAGCGCUACCUGAGCGCUCAGCGGGAGUCCACCUCCCUGCACGACAUCAGCGACAAGCUGGAGACCGAGCUGGUCAACAAGGAGGCCUUCCUCAGACAGAUGGAGGAGAAGAACAGGCAGCUGCAGGAGAGGCUGGAGCUGGCUGAGCAGAAGCUGCAGCAGACCAUGAGGAAGGCGGAGACGCUGCCGGAGGUGGAGGCCGAGCUGGCCCAGCGGAUCGCGGCUCUCACCAAGUCUGACCCAAGCUCCUCUUCCUCACCUGGUGAUUAUCAGUAUGUUACGGAAGCAAAACCCCAGGACACGAGCGUCAUACGUAGGAAGGCCGAGGAGCGCCAUGGGAGCAUCGAGGAGCGCAUGCGUCACCUGGAGGGCCAGCUUGAGGAGAAGAACCAGGAGCUCCACAGAGCCAGGCAGAGAGAGAAAAUGAACGAGGAGCACAACAAGCGCCUGUCGGACACCGUCGACCGGCUUCUGACCGAGUCCAACGAGCGACUGCAGCUGCACCUGAAGGAGAGAAUGGCGGCGUUAGAAGAGAAGAAUGUGUUGAUUCAGGACUCUGAAAACUUACGAAAACAGUUGGAAGAUUCAAUCCAUGACAAAACCCAUCUUGUUGACGACAUGGACAAGAUGAGAUCAGAACUGGACCAGCUCAGAAUCAGGACCGGGUCCCUGACAGAACCGACCUUAUCACGGUCUCACCUGGACACGUCCGCGGAGCUCCGCUUCUCCCUGGGCUCCCUGGCGGAGACCCAGUCGGAGCAUUACAGGUCAGCCAGGGUCGUCCGGAGGCCCCGCAGGGGCCGGACCGGCAUCCUCAGGGAAGAGCAGAAGGCCAAGUCGCUGGGGGAGCAGGAGUGGCGGUCCCAGCAGCUGGGGGUUCUGGGUAGCCACCACUUCGAGAGCGACACGGAGAUGUCGGACAUCGACGACGACGACCGCGAGACGCUCUUCGGCUCCAUGGACCUGCUCUCCCCCGGCGGGCACUCGGACGCCCAGACCCUGGCCAUGAUGCUCCAGGAGCAGCUGGACGCCAUCAACAGGGAGAUCCGGCUAAUCCAGGAGGAGAAGGAGUCGACGGAGCUGAGGGCGGAGGAGAUCGAGAACCGCGUGGCCAGCGUCAGCCUGGAGGGGCUCAACCUGGCCCGCGCCCACCACCCAGGGACGUCCAUCACUGCCUCGGCCACCGCCUCCUCCCUGGCCAGCUCCUCCCCUCCCAGCGGGCACUCCACCCCGAAGCUCACGCCCCGCAGCCCCGCCCGGGACAUGGAGCGCAUGGGCGUCAUGACGCUGCCCAGCGAUUUGAGGAAACACAGGAGAAAGAUCGCGGCUGUGGACGAGGACGGCCGAGAGGACAAGGCCACCAUCAAGUGCGAGACGUCCCCGCCCCCCACGCCCCGACAAGUGCGCAUGACCCAGACGCUGCCGGCCUCCGCCCACAACGACGCCCGUUUGGCGGCGACCCUGGAGGCGGAGGCCAGCGCCCUGAGCAGCGUGACCAGCAGCCAGGACUCCCUGCACAAGCAGCCCAAAAAAAAGGGCAUCAAGUCUUCCAUCGGGCGGCUCUUCGGCAAGAAGGAGAAGGCUCGGCUGGGUCAGCUGGCCAAGGAAAUGGGGGUGCCUGGGCAAGUUAUGUCUGAUCCGGAGCUGAUUGGUCAGGAGAUGGCGAUGGGGAAGCUUGGAACCCAGGCAGAGAAGGACAGGAGACUGAAGAAGAAGCACGAGCUAUUGGAGGAAGCCCGGAGGAAAGGCCUGCCCUUUGCCCAAUGGGACGGCCCCACCGUGGUGGCCUGGCUGGAGCUGUGGCUGGGCAUGCCCGCCUGGUACGUGGCGGCGUGCCGGGCCAACGUGAAGAGCGGCGCCAUCAUGUCGGCGCUGUCGGACACGGAGAUCCAGCGGGAGAUCGGCAUCAGCAACCCGCUGCACCGGCUCAAGCUGCGGCUCGCCAUCCAGGAGAUGGUGUCCCUGACCAGCCCCUCGGCCCCGCCCACCUCCAGAACUCCUUCAGGCAAUGUCUGGGUGACCCACGAGGAAAUGGAGACCCUGGCGGCCCCCGCCAAAACGAAGUCUGAUUCGGAAGAAGGAAGCUGGUCUCAGACCCUGGCGUACGGGGACAUGAACCACGAGUGGAUCGGGAACGAGUGGCUGCCCAGCCUGGGCCUGCCGCAGUACCGCAGCUACUUCAUGGAGUGCCUGGUGGACGCCCGCAUGCUGGACCACCUGACCAAGAAGGACCUCCGGGUGCAUCUGAAGAUGGUGGACAGCUUUCACAGGACGAGUCUGCAGUACGGGAUCAUGUGCUUGAAGAAGCUGAACUACGACAGGAAGGAGCUGGAGAGGAGAAGAGAGCAGAGCCAGCACGAAAUGAGAGACGUGCUGGUGUGGAGUAACGAGCGGGUGAUCCGCUGGGUGCAGAGCAUUGGGCUCAGGGACUACGCCAACAUCCUGAUGGAGAGCGGCGUGCACGGAGCCCUCAUCGCCCUCGACGACAACUUCGACUACAGCAGCCUGGCCCUGCUGCUGCAGAUCCCCAACCAGAACACUCAGGCCCGACAGAUCCUGGAGAGGGAGUACAACAACAUGCUGGCCUUGGGAACGGAGAGGCGACUGGAUGAGGACUUCCCACGCGGGCCGUCCUGGAGGAGGCAGUUCCCCCCGCGGGACGUCCACGGCAUCAGCAUGAUGCCCGGCUCUGCCGAAACGCUGCCGGCAGGCUUCCGCCUCACCACCUCGGGCCACUCCCGCCGGCUGGCCCCGGAAGGUGGUCCGUCGGCCAUACAGCGCCUGGACAGCUCCACCGUGAGGACGUACUCCUGCUGAAGUACCAAUUGGGCUGUCUCCGUGUUUCAGCGAGAUUUGAACCCAUGCCCUACCGCUGAAGGCCGCCAGCUGGGGUCGCGCCCACGGUCUGGACCUGACGCUUCGUACGAGUCACACUGCCAAGAACCUGCCCCACGAGGAAAAGGGGUUCCAGCGAGAAGUCGGGGCGCCAAACUGCCCUCCCAGCACUUACAACGAGCCAAGUCCCCAAAAAAACACAGAGCACCAGCCGCUGGUGCCAGCCAACUUCACACAGACCUGUCCUACCAUUGCCAUUUCUGCAUUUCUCAUGUUACUGAAACUGGUUGAGAAUAAUGUGCUGUGUAUUUCUUCUACAGGAAUCGAAUCUGUAGGUUAUCUGUAAAUUUAUAUAUACGAGACAUUUUUUUAUAUAUUAUAUAUACAUAUAUUAAAAAAGAAAGAUACAAAGAAACAAACUCAGUUUGUGCAAAAGUAACAUCAUCAGUCUCAUUUCCAUGUUCAAAAGGAUGCUGCUCUUUGUACCUCUUUUUCCACAAGAUGGUUUUUGUAUAUAACUUUAUUUCAUGUUUUUUCUCACUGUACCCAGUUAAUGUGUUUAGACGUGAUUGCACUUCAGAGACAGGCCUGGUGCUACUGAAUCCUCUCAUUGAACUCCCAAUCACAGUACUGGACCUUUUUGCCAAUGAAAGCCUGCCCCCUAGUGGUGUACAGUCCCAUAACGUUUGUGUUGUAAAAAAAAAAAACCGAGAAAAAAACGGACCUCUAACCGUCACAAGGAAUUCUGGGAGAGCACAGGAAAGCACUGUGACAUUUUCAUUUUGGUCUCGCUUUUCAGCAAACCGCGCGGACAAACAGGAAACGUCUGAGCCUUCUGUCAUGGAACAAGAUGGAAAAUUAAACCACUACUCUCAAGAGCAUCACCUUUAGGACUCGAUGGAAGCACUGGCACAUAUUAACGGGAAAACGCAAAAAGCCGAGACGCAACGUCGGACCAGCAGAGAACGCUUUCUUUUUCGCAAUCCUUCAGCCGAGUCGGCCUUGUUCUCGCAAAUCUUCAGCCGCUUAACCCGGAGAAAUAACUCAAAGACAGAUGGCCUAAACCUGUCGUGUAUAUGAAGCCGCAGUAGUAGUCCAGGAGGAACUCCAGAAGAAAAACCCGUAGCUUGAUGUGACUUUACUUGGUGUAGCUGUUGACUCUUGUUUCUGUAGGCGUGGCCAGGGCAGGCCUCUCAUAAGCCCCUCCCCCUUUGUAACCGCUGCCUCAUUGAUGACGCAUCGCUGUCUUAGCUGAACACCUGUCUUUUAGUUAUUUCUACCAGUAUGCUGAUCUGAAUCUUGUUUUUAUUUUUUUAUGUUCUUGUUUUGCACGUGAAAGAGUCAUUUCAUUUUGUGUCCAUUUUUUUUAUUUAUUACUGACUGUUUUUUUCGGUCAAACCUCAAUGGUAAUCAGACAGAUUUUCAUUGUCAAUAAAAUGUUGUCGAAGGACGGC